AUGUCAAUUUUGUAUCAUUCUUCAACUAAUAUUGAUGCUAAUUCCUUGAAGGAAGUAGACAGUAGAAAUCUAACCUAUUUCUCAAGAAAAUGCCCCACAGGCUCAAUAAUAUUCAAGUCUGGUGAUUGGCCAAGAAUGGUAGAUGCUAAAGUUAAUCAUUUAAUACAAUUAGAUAAACAAAUAAAUAAUAGAAUUUCUUUUGACAGAUGUUUCUGUUUUGAAAAUAAUGGAAAACGCAUAUUUGGCCAAGCCAACAAAGAAAUGGAUAAAAAUAUGACUUGUGGUUGCUCUUUGACACUUUUUGAGCAAGAAAAAAAUUCUGGAACUGCUUGGAAUACAGAACCACAUGAACACUGUACAUUAAAUGGUAAUUAUGAAGAAUUGCAAUGUGUGGGAAAUGUGUGCUAUUGUUCCGAUCCUAUCUCGGGGAAGCAUAUAGGACAAGUAACAUUAAUUCAAAAUAUCACUUUACUUCCUUGUUAUGAUGUUGAAAAGCAUAGAAAGAAUUAUUUAACAAAAUGUGAAGAAAUAGUCCAACGAACACAGUUAAUUACUCACCAGUUUUCUUUAAAAGGAGUUGAAUUGAUCGGUCUGAAAGAUGUAGACUGUGAUUAUGAUGGAAGUUUUUCAAGAAAACAGUGUCUUACUGAUAAGUGUUUCUGUACAGAUAGAAAUGGUAAAAGUUUCAAAAGUUAUAGUUCUGAAAAAGCUAAUAUGAAGACAGAGAUGCUCUGUAACUGUGCCAGAGAUGAAUAUGAUACAGAAUUUAUGAGUACCCAUUAUCCGCGGCUUGAAUGCAAUGGCAAUACUGGAAAUUACAAUCAUCAUCAAACUGUUGGAAAAAAUCAAUUUUGUGUAGAUGAGGAUGGGGAGAUUCUAUAUUAUAUUGAAAAAGAAACCAAUGAUCUAGCUAAACAAUGUCUAGAGAAAUAUAAGAAAUCAGGAAUUGAUACUGAUGAUGAUGGCAAUGACAAUAUCAAUGACAAUGACAACGUCAACAACAAAAAUGAUUAUUAUGUUUAUUAUUACGAUUUUUAAUAUUUAUAGUAAUACUAUCAUCUUUUCUAACUUUAUUAUAUUAAUAUUUUCAGUUACAGUGAAUAAAUUAAAACAUUUUUUAGAGAUCAUAAUGCAAUAACAUUGAACAAUAUACAUAAUGAAGACAAUUACAAAAUUUGGUCUUUAAACACUAUGUAACUAAUACACAAAGAUAUUAAUCUGAUAUUAAUUUUCAUUUUUGAUUAUAUUAGCACAUUUUAAUUAUUAUCUUUUAAGAAAUUGCAACAAUACUGAUAUUAACACAAUAUAUAAAACUUUAUAUCUUUAUCAAUAAUUUUAAUCUAUUUUAAAGUAUACCUCAAUAGAAUUAUCUGUUAACUAUAUGUUUGAUAUGAAAAACAUUUGGCAGUGAAUGUUUGGAUUGUGUUAAAUGUUUAAGGACACAAACCACAUCCAAACAUUUAACAAUUAUAAAAUUAUGCCAAAAAUUUCAUUCAUAGUACUGACAUUGUAAUUUACCCAUGUAAACUUAUGAAAUCAACAUUUCCUUUUUUUAUGCAAUGCUCAUUUUGGUAAAACUGUGUUACAUUUAUUGUCAUAAGACAGCAUUAAAUAUUCAGUACUGUUUAGUUGUUAUAGGUAAUUUUUCUAUAGAAAAGGUAAAAUUAGCUUAGACUGCACAUUGCAAGUUUUUGUUUAGUUAUAUUAUCUAUCUGCUUUUAGAUACAAAAUAAUAUUUUAUAAACAUUAGAAAAAAUAUCUAAUUUAAUGUUAAUAAACUGAUCAUUUUUCAAGACACAUACAAUGAUAAAUUGUUGUAAUCAUCCUUUGCUGUAAUUAAUUUCAUAUAAAUAUAGUUUACUGAUUAAAAUUUUUCUCCAAAUAAAUCUGAAAUAUAUAUAAUUUUAAACCCCUCUUGUAAUCGAGUCAAAUAUGCAAAAUAUGAAUUCUAUAAAAAGCUAGACAAUGUAAAUACUGUCUAAGUCUUCUCUGAUGGUGAAAUUAUUUGUUAUUAUAUGUUAAAUGAGAAAAUUCUAAAUGGAAUAUUUAUUAUAAAAAUCAUUAACCUUUCUUCUCAAAUUUUAAUAGAAUAUCCCAAACAGUAGCCACCACCAAAUUAUAUAUGAAUAAAUUAUUAAAAAUGGCUUGUAACUAUGACUUAUUUUUGAUGUUUUUCAAAAUACUCAUGGAGACCAUAUGGUAUAAUAAUAUGGAGACUUAUCUGCAAUUGUUUUAGGCAAUUCUUUUCUUAUUAAUAUAUUUUAUAUUAACUCUAUCUAUCUACAAGAUAAAAAAAAUUUUUUUAUUGGAUAUAUACAGGUUGUAAAUGCAAACAUUGCUCCAGACUGGUCUGGUGCAAUAUUUGUUUCUACAUCCCACAUACCAGUUGAUGCAAUUUCAUUGAUGAUUACACACACAUUUUUUUACAUUUCCAAGACUUUUUCAUCAAUGUAAUUUAAGGCCUUUCCAAAAAAUAUAAAUACAGUAAGACCCCACUUAAUGUGGGGGAUAUGUUCCUAGACGAAAAAACCCUAAACAAAACAGCGUAAAACAAGAUCAUUUUAA